CCUUAUGCAGUGCGUCAGGCGGCUAAGCGGAAAUAACAAUAAUAAUACUAAUAAUAACAGAAAAAUGGCUACGUACAGCGACGAGUCACUCGAGAGCUACGUUUACGCCUCGUACAACCCUUACUCGUACAGAUGCCCGAAGCCUAAGAGCUGGAGACAGAAGAGCUACCUGAGCGCGUAUGGAGACGGUGAGGGUUAUUUUAACAACUACCACCGCGCGCAGCUCAAAUCCAUCCUGUCGCAGAUCAACCCGAACCUCACACCGCGCCUGCGCAAAGCCAACACUAAAGACGUAGGAGUGCAGGUGAACCCGAAAGCCGACGCCUCGGUGCAAUGCUCGCUUGGACCACGCACUUUGGCUGCACGCCGGCGGGACGCAGAGCGCAGGCGCGCACCGGAUGGUCAGAGUCCCAGCAGCCCGGUGAGUCCCGGUGUUCGGUUCCCGCGCACGCAGGCCGUGUAUUCCCCGAUCGCCACGCGGGGACUCGCGGCUCUCCUGCACGACCAUGAUGAUGAUGAUGAUGAUGAUAAGAAGCAGCAGCAGAAGUGUGAAGGAAGGACCGAAGAUGCCGAGAGCACAGACAAGCCCGAGGAAGAGGUUGUGGAGGGCAAAGAACCAAACAAGCCAAAAUCCAAGACAACGCUUAGUCCCGGGAAAAACGAUGAUGAAAGCGAACAGCUAAAAGAGGAAGAUGAUGAUGGUGAUAAGAUUGAGAAUGAGAAAAGCCUUCAGGAGGACUCCAAGUCCAAGGGGAGAGUGCGCUUCCAGUUUUUGGAGCAGAAGUACGGCUAUUACCACUGCAGAGACUGCAACCUUCGCUGGGAGAGUGCCUACGUGUGGUGUGUUCAGGGCACAAACAAGGUCUAUUUCAAGCAGUUUUGCAGAACGUGCCAGAAAUCCUUCAACCCAUACCGGGUAGAGGACAUAACCUGCCAGAGCUGCAAGAAGGCGCGCUGUACGUGUCCAGAGACGGCACGCCAUGUGGAUCCUAAACGGCCGCACCGACAAGACCUGUGCGGUCGCUGCAAAGGCAAGCGGCUCUCCUGCGACAGCACGUUCAGUUUUAAGUACAUCAUAUAACGCAGAAUCUAUCAUCCUGAGGGCGGUUCACUGCUGUUUAACGAAUGCAAGGAUCUGUAGGCUAUCCAUGGCCUCCUCUGGGGAUGAGCUUGGUGACUGGAGCAGACGCCUUUGAAGGAGGCCUUGUGACUCCUGCCAAAGAUCGGUGUUUUGUUUUCGUUCACUUGUGUUGUGUUGAACAGCAGCAUUCCCAGUAGUGAACCAUUUUUGGAAAAGUGGAAAAUAAAUCAAAACAAACAGCA